UUUCAACGCAAGGCACAUAGCAGGACAGAGGUACUCGAACUGACCCAGCCAUGGAUCCAAUAGGAGCCUCUUCCAUCGUCUUCGUCACUCUGUACUUACUGGUCUUCGUGGCUGGCCUGUUCCUGAACACCCUGGCAGUGUGGGUGUUCUUCCAAAUCCGCACGCAGAAGCGAACUUUCAUGCUAUACCUGCGCAACAUGGCGGUGGCUGACCUCCUAAUGACCCUCACGCUACCGAUCAACAUACUCAUCGAGGCCAAAGUGGCACCUUUGUGGCUUCAUGUCGUGUCGUGCAAUUACACCGCUGUGCUCUUCUACUGCUGCAUGUACGCCAGCAUCCUCUUCCUCGGAUUGGUGGCUGUGGAUCGCUACUUGAAGAUCGUGAGGCCGUUCGGCGGAACGUGUGGCGCUUGUCUUUACAGUUAUUCGUUCACACGCGCCAUGGCGAUUAUGGUGUGGCUUGCCGUGACGGGUCUUUCGCUUCCCAAUACGAUACUGUCCAAUCAGACGAUACCGGAGACGAUGAAUAACUGCGCAGAGUUAAAGAGUGAUCUGGGUAAAAAAUGGCAUGGGAUGGUGAUCUACAUCAACAUAAUAAUCUUCUUCCUUGUUCUGAUCACUUUGCUUAUCUGCUACAUGUCCAUCUACAGACACAUCCAUCAAUCAUCUAAACAGUUCAUCAUAGUCGGAGAGACAACUCCGCGUAAGGCAAAAAAAGGACAGAACAUUCUUAUCUUACUGGUUGUGUUUUUCAUCUGCUUCGUGCCUUAUCAUCUGUGUAGGAUACCUUUUACCAAAAGCCAGACUGAUGGUGUUUUGCUGCAUUCUUCCCUGAUGAACGGGAAAAAGGCCACCCUCCUGAUGUCUAUUUUCAAUGUGUGCCUGGACCCGAUAAUUUAUUUCUUCAUGUGUAAGUCUUUUAGGAGCAAGUUGUCUGAAACACUGGGAUUCAGGACACCAAGUGACAAUAUGUCCAUGUACUCUCCAGCAACUACGAGGAAAUCACCGGUAGUGAUGAUCUUCAAGGAGAGCUCGUCUUCAUAAGGGAAAUCAAUGUUGUCUGAACAUGAAGAUUUUCUAUAUAUACGUUUUGGCAGCUUAUAAAUAUCUCUUUCUACGAGGCUUAACUAAACAUGGACAGUUGAAGACUGGAAAAAGACCAGACGGUCUUUUUUUAAACUUCUUAAGUUGUCUAGUUUUAGUGAGACUGUGAGUGAGACCAGCUAAAGCAAGCAUUUAAAAGCGUAAGAGGUAAAUGGUUAACUGAAGGUCCUAACCUGUUUCUUCUUUCAUGCAUUAUGUUGCUACCACUUGAUUAGCAGAUAAGAUAAUUGCAUGAAUGUAAUGGAAUACAGGUGUUCCCACUGAUGUGGCCAUAACUGUUAUAUAUUUAUACCUGUAUAUUUGUUAUUUGUCUUGUUUUUUUACAAAAAUGUACAGUAUAUAUGCUUUUUAAUUAUUGAUGUUUCAGUGUUUACAUUGAAUUUCUUGUAAUAAAAAUAAC